UGGAGGAAGAUGUCUUUUGAUGAUGAUUCUGGUGGGGCGUUUGUAGGAUCGUUUCCGAAGGGCUUUGGCUAUGGACCUGACGAUGAAGUGGUUGGAGCCAAUGCCAGUUCUGAGGACAAACCAAGAAUUUUGUUGAUGGGUCUGAGAAGAAGUGGAAAAUCGUCGAUUCAGAAAGUUGUUUUCCACAAAGUGUCGCCGAAUGAAACUCUUUUCUUAGAGAGCUCCAAUAAGAUUGUCAAAGAUGAUGUGUCUAACAGUUCAUUUGUUCAGUUUCAAAUCUGGGACUUGCCAGGUCAUAUUGAUUUCUUCGACCCAACCUUUGACUCGGAAAACAUUUUUGGUGGAUGUGGGGCGUUAAUAUUUGUCAUCGAUGCACAGGAUGAUUACAUGGAAGCACUGUCACGCCUUCACUCAACUGUGUCUCGAGCCUACAAGAUUAACACCAACAUCAAGUUUGAGGUUUUCAUUCAUAAAGUCGACGGCUUGUCGGACGAUCACAAGAUCGAGACGCAGAGAGACAUCCACCAGAGGGCGUGCGAUGAUCUGGCCGACACAGGAUUGGAGAAAAUACAUUUAAGUUUUCAUCUGACCAGCAUUUACGACCACUCCAUCUUUGAGGCUUUCAGUAAAGUGGUUCAGAAAUUAAUACCACAGUUGCCUAUUCUUGAAAAUCUUCUCAACAUAUUAAUAUCGAAUUCUGGUAUUGAGAAGGCGUUUUUAUUUGAUGUAGUCAGUAAGAUCUACAUAGCGACAGACAGCUCCCCGGUAGACAUGCAGUGUUACGAGUUAUGUUGUGACAUGAUCGACGUCGUUAUUGACGUGUCCUGUAUAUAUGGGGAGUCUGUUCGUCUGUCUUCCGUGACAAGGGAAAGCAGUACGAAUGACCUCGUUCUCACAAGGAGUAAAGAUGACGGAGCGUUUGACAACCAGUCUGCUUCGAUCAUCAAACUGAACACGAACACGAUUCUGUAUCUGCGUGAAGUGAACCGCUAUCUGGCACUCGUCUGCAUACUGCGAGAAGACAGUUUUAAAAAACAAGGUUUAAUAGACUACAACGUGCAUUGUUUUCGAAAUGCCAUACAAGAAGUGUUUAGCAUCAAAAAGAACAAUUUACCAGCUUCUACAUUAAACUCAACCAAUUCAGAACUUAUUCAUUCCAACGGAAUUGUAGAACAAAAAUGAUGACGGUUACAUGUUGUAGGAAAGACCAAAAGAUGACAAACAGUUCUUAUUGGUUAUCUGACUGGUUCUUCAGAGACGUCAUUCUAAUUGACUAACUGCAAGAAACAAUAAUUCUGGUUGGCUGAAUUAAAGAAGUUAACUGCAAGAAAAAUAAUUCUGGUUGGCUGAAAUAAAGGAGCUACUUCUGGAUUGGUUAUUUGAUAUAUCCGUUUUGUAAUAUGGAUCCUGAUUGGUUGAAUUAUGAACUCUGACGUGGCAGGAUUCUUUGGAAUGUGUUCACUUUUGUAAAAAUUGGUCUUGAUUUGUUGAAUUACCAACUGAUAAGUAGCAAACUAAUUGGAUGGAAGAUGCAAAUAUUGUUUAUGUAUAUUCUUAAUGAAAGAACUACAGCCUAUAAUGUUAUAAUGUAGCACGCUGAUUGGAUGGAAGAUGUUAAUUUGGUUUUGUAAAUUCUAAUUGGAUGGACUACGAACUAUGAAGCAGCUAGCUGAAUGGUUUUGAAUUUUGUUACGAUCUUCUUGUUAAAGCUGUCUUAAAGAAGAAUCACAGACAGUGGAAUUUGGCAAGAUAAUGUUUUCUUGAUGACUUAAUUUAUUUUGACUAAUCAUGUAAAAUUCUGUCUGUUGACUUAAUAAAUUGUUUUUGGUGCCAAAUUAUGUAUUCUAUGGCACAUAUAUCUAUAUAUGAGUUAUGGUAUAGUCACAACACAGAUAAUAAUAAACAAUUAUAGUUAAUGUAUUAAUGUGACAUGUUAUCAUUCUUGUAGCUCGAGUCACUUCUAGCUCUCCCCUUAUUGAUAUGUUGUAGGGGAGGGCUAAAGGGGACUGUGUAAUACUUCGGCAAUUGUUGACGACCUAAAUCUGAUGCCACAGAACUUCAGUUUGAUUAUUCUCGAGUCCAGUCAUGACAUUAAAACUUGCGUGUUGUUACCCAGUACCAGUGCUUUAAAAUAAAUACUGCAUCAAAAAAGUUAGAAUAUUACAAGAUACACAAGUAAACUAAAACUAAAACUAAAAUUAAAAAUCUCACUAUAUAUUGAACUUGAUGUUUAUAUUUUAUAUAUAUAUAUAUAUAUAUAUAUUAGCAGUGUUUCUGCCAGAAUGAAAUUUUUGGGUGUGGCGCUAUGGAAUUUAAUGCAUCCACUAUCAACCGGGGGUAUGGGGGGCUUCCCAUUAAAAAAUUGGUUAAGUUUAGGAUUAGGGUUAAUGAUAAAGAGUAAUUAAUUUUGUUAAAAGGUUAACUUUAA